AUGUGUACACUAGAUAUGUGUAUUUUUAUUUUCAAUAUUGUUCAAUGUCUCCCUUUGGAUGAGAGUUUGUUCAAAUUCAUGUACGUUUCUUUUUUCUUACCGCGCUCGCCUUUUUUUUUUAUCACGCUCCCCCUUUUUUUUUACCGCGCUCACCUUUUUUUUUUCCAUGUCAAAAAUUGUCACCGUUCCUUACAGUGUGUGCAAAUUGUACAUGGAUCUAACAAGACUAUAUUUGCCAUUACAACUAGCAUUGGGCCGUAUAGUCUCUCCAGCUAUACCAAUAAUAGGACCAUGUCUGUUGUUACAAGAUCUCUCACCUUUGCCUACCCAAACUCCACACAGGGCUUGCAUAACAUCGACCUUACACUCCCUCUUGGGGGGAAGAUUCUCCUUGUGGGACCUAAUGGAGCAGGUAAGUCCACCUUGUUGAAGAUCUUAGCAGGCAAGAAACUCAUUUCCAGUGGUGAGAUUGAGCUCUUUGGCAUUGACCCUUUCAACCUACGUGAGAACUGGAAAUUGAAUGAGAAGAAUAUCGUCUACUUGGGGACAGAAUGGGCCAACAAUGAGAUUGUCAAACGUGACAUUGGUGUCCAUGAAUUGGUUGAGUCCGUUGGUGGGUCCCAUUUCCCGGAACGUAGGGCCCUUCUCAUUGACAUACUUGAGAUCGACGUCAAUUGGAGAAUGAACAAAUGUUCCGACGGCGAGCGUCGUCGUGUACAGUUGGCAAUGGGUCUACUUAAACCAUUUGAUUUGCUGUUAUUAGACGAAGUUACUAUUGAUUUGGACGUUCUAGUGAGACAGAAACUUCUUAAUUUCCUCUACGAUGAAACAACCACUCGUAAUGCCUCCAUCAUUUAUGCAACCCAUAUCUUUGAUGGAUUGGGAACUUGGCCAGAUACAGUCAUUCAUCUCAACCGGGGGGAAAUCGCAGAGUCUCACAAUCGUAAUAACAUCUCCUUCACCAAUACUCCAGGUGUAGCACAAAACGGCCUUCAGUUACUCAUUGGGAGAGUAUCGUCCUUGUAUCCGCUCGCGUUAUCCUGGCUCCAGAAGGACCGUGAGUAA